AUGUUCGGCCAGUGGACGGAUCAUGACCUGACCUUCACUCCUCACUCUCCUGUGAUUCGCUCGUUCAAUAAUGGGAUUGACUGUGACCAGAGCUGUGACCGGACAGAGCCCUGCUUCCCCAUCGAGAUUCCCAAGAAAGACCCUCGCUUUGGCAAAAAAUCUCAGAGUUGCAUCCCCUUCUUCCGCUCAGCAGCAACUUGUGGUUCUGGCAACUUUGGCCACACGUUUGGAGCGAGCACCGUCCGUCAACAGAUCAACAGUCUCACGGCUUUCCUUGAUGUAGGUCAGGUGUACGGUUCAGAGGACACCAAAGCUCGUUUCCUACGAGACCUCACCUCAGAUAAGGGCCUGCUGAGAGUCAACACACAGUUCACUGACAGCAGCCGUGAGCUCCUCCCCUUCUCCACCAUGGUUACCAACAUGUGUGCCACCCGAGCCCGCAUUACUAAUGACAGUAAGGCACAGGAGGUGCCUUGCUUUGUGGCUGGUGACGAGCGGUCCAAUGAGCACAUUGGCCUGACCGCUUUACACACACUGUUCCUGCGUGAGCACAACCGCCUGGUCCGUGCUCUGGCAGACCUCAACCCUCACUGGAACGGAGAGAGACUCUAUCAAGAAGCACGUAAAAUCAUGGGAGGAUAUUCACAGGUUCUCACUUUCAGAGACUACUUACUUCACAUUGUUGGUCCAGACUUCAUAGCCAGUCAUCUGUCCACCUACCCUGGUUAUGAUGAAAACGUGGACCCCUCAAUCGCCAAUGUGUUUGCCACAGCUGCCUACCGAUUCGCUCACCUUAUGGUUCAGCCUUUCAUGUUUCGUCUUAAUGAGCAGUGCCAGGAUCACCCUGAUUUCCCCAGCCCGAUGCUGCACAAAGCCUUCUUUACACCGUGGAGGGUCGUCUUUGAAGGUGGUCUGGACCCCCUCAUCAGGGGCCUGGUGGGUCGUCAGGCCAAGCUGAACACACAGGAUCACAUGAUGACGGAUGAACUGAGGGACAGGCUGUUUAAAUUCUCCAGUGAGUUGGCACUGGAUCUGGCUGCCCUCAACAUGCAGAGAGGAAGAGACCAUGGACUCUCUGGAUACAACCAAUGGCGUAAAUUCUGUGGGCUGUCGCAGCCAAGAACUAAUAAAGCGCUGGCAAAAGUGCUGAAAAGUAAGGACCUGGCCAAUAAUCUGCUGAAACUCUACGGGAGAGCUGACAACAUCGAUGUGUGGCUGGGAGGAGUGGCUGAGCCGUUUGUCCGUGGAGGAAGAGUGGGACCUUUGUUUGCCUGCCUGAUUGCCACUCAGUUCCAGCGGAUCCGCACGGGAGACCGACUUUGGUGGGAGAACAAUGGCGUUUUCACUGCGGGCCAGAGGGACUCCCUGAAGAACACCUCUCUUGCACGUAUCAUCUGUGACAACACUGGCAUCACUGAUGUACCAGCCCAGCCCUUCCUGUAUGCCCCCAGAAAGUCUGGUUACACUAAAUGUGGUGACAUCCCUGUCUUUGAUCUCAGUCCAUGGAAGGAGAGUAUUAACUCGUAA